UACACAGCAGCGAGCUGGGAUCAGAGCUGAGCGCAUCGGGCAGCCAGCCACUUGGAGCAGUCACUAAGCAGGCGCUGGCCAGGCGGGGACCCCGCUGCCCCCUGCUCGCCUAGCUCCGCCGGGAUCGGAUGGAGACAGCAUCGCGGUAUGGUCUGCAAGUGAUCUUUGACUUUGCAAUCUGCGGAUGUGAGCAGUGUGUGUGUUACCUUUUCCACACCACUGCAGAGGAGACUUUGGCUCAGAGAGCAGCCUCGAAACCAAAUGGAGUACAUGGUCCAUCCUUGGCAUACACACAUCAACAAAUAAGAGUGAGGGCCAACCGAGCCAGAAUUCCCAUUUCAUAGCUGUCUUUACCUUCCUCCUGCUGUACACUGUUCUACCCAUUCUUCUGCAACACAAUGGGGCACAGUUUGCAUCCCGUGUGGCUUCUGCUGGUCACCCUCCCUGCUGUUUUCUUCAUGCUCUGUGCAUCAGAGUCCGUGCCAGAAAAGGACCAGGCUGCCCCCUCUGUCUCGCCUUCUGCCAAUGAAAGUGGUGCUGGAGUCACUGGCUCCUGUUUAGAGAAAGUGGAAUGCAAACCAGGAAUUAUGCUGCCUGUCUGGGAGCCACAGAGUCCUUCCCCUGGGGACAAGGUGGCUCGGGCCAUUGUCUACUUUGUGGCACUUGCAUAUAUGUUCUUGGGUGUCUCCAUCAUCGCUGAUCGUUUCAUGGCUUCCAUUGAGGUCAUCACAUCUCAGGAGAAGGAGGUCACCAUUACCAAGCCAAAUGGUGAGACUACUGUGGCCACCGUCCGUAUUUGGAACGAGACAGUGUCUAACCUCACCCUCAUGGCAUUGGGCUCAUCAGCCCCUGAAAUCCUGCUCUCUGUUAUUGAGGUGGUGGGACAUGGGUUCAAAGCAGGUGACCUGGGGCCAGGCACUAUUGUGGGUAGCGCUGCCUUCAACAUGUUUGUCAUCAUUGGCAUCUGUGUAUGGGUCAUCCCCGAGGGGGAAACAAGGAAGAUCAAACACCCCCGGGUAUUUUUUGUCACUGCCACAUGGAGCAUCUUUGCCUACAUCUGGCUCUACCUAAUCCUGGCCGUGUUCUCGCCAGGCGUGGUCAAGGUGUGGGAGGCCCUGGUAACCCUGCUGUUCUUCCCAAUAUGUGUGGUCUUUGCUUGGGUGGCAGACAGACGACUCCUGUUUUACAAAUAUAUGCACAAACGGUACCGUGCUGACAAGAGGCGAGGCAUCAUUGUGGAAACAGAAGGGGAGCUCCCACCUAAAGGGAUUGAGAUGAUGAUGGAUGGAAAGUUCCCCUCAAGCGGAAGUGGAGGUGCCUCUGUGACUGAGGGUUUUCUGGAAGGCAGUGCUGGUCUGGCUAUGGCUGCAGCAUCCCUUGAAGCUAGCAAAGAGCUUGACGAGAGCCGUAAAGAGGUCAUCCGCAUCCUCAAGGACCUGAAACAAAAACACCCAGACAAGGAGCUGGAACAGCUGGUCGAAAUGGCCAACUAUUAUGCUCUGCUGCACCAGCAGAAGAGUCGUGCCUUUUACCGUGUCCAGGCCACACGAAUGAUGAUUGGUGCCGGUAAUGUGCUGAAGAAGCAUGCAGCUGACCAUGCCAAGCGAACAGCCAACCUGGAGGAAGUCCAGACUGAGCAAGCCCAGGAGAACUGUAGCCACAUCUAUUUUGAACUGGCCCAUUACCAAUGUGUGGAAAACUGUGGCAUGGUGACACUCACAGCAAUAUGCAGUGGUGGGGAGGGGCAGUCCACUUUCUACGUGGACUACCGCACGGAGGACGGCUCUGCCAAUGCAGGCUCUGACUAUGAAUAUAGUGAGGGCACCCUGAUAUUCAAACCAGGAGAGACACGCAAAGAAAUUCAGGUAGGCAUUAUUGACGACGAUAUCUUUGAAGAAGAUGAACACUUCUUUGUGCGUCUCCUGAAUCUUCGUGUUGGUGAUGCAGAGGGCAUGUUUGAGUGUGAUUCCUCACCAAACUCUCCAAAAGGCCGACUGGCCGAGCCGGUGAUGACCAUGGUAACUAUCCUUGAUGACGACCAUGCUGGAAUCUUCACUUUUGGCGAGAGGGUGACACGUGUAAGUGAAAGUGUGGGCACCAUGGAAGUGGCCGUUCUACGAAACUCAGGAGCCAGGGGCACGGUGGUGGUACCAUAUCACACAGAGGAUGGGACUGCCCGCGGAGGCAGUGUAGAUUAUGAAGACAGCAGGGGAGAACUGGAGUUCAGCAACGAUGAGACUGUAAAAAAGCUGCAGGUUCGAAUCAUCGAUGAUGAGGAAUAUGAGAAGCAGGAGAACUUCUUCAUUGUUCUGGAUGAGCCUCGCUGGCUAAAGAGAGGAAUAUCAGCUCUGCUACUGAACCAAGAGGACCCAGAGGGAAAGCCAACUGCAGAGGAAGAGGAAGCACGUAGAAUUGCAGAGAUGGGAAAGCCAAUACUUGGGGAACACAGCAAGCUAGAAGUCAUAAUAGAGGAAUCUUACGAAUUCAAGAGUACAGUGGACAAACUUAUCAAAAAAACCAACCUUGCACUGGUGAUUGGAACGCACUCAUGGAGAGAACAGUUCCUGGAGGCUGUCACAGUUAGCGCAGGUGAUGGUGAUGAAGAAGACGAAGAAGGCCGUGAGGAACGACUACCAUCAUGUUUUGACUAUGUGAUGCAUUUUCUUACGGUGUUCUGGAAGGUGCUGUUUGCUUGUGUACCACCAACUGAAUACUGGAACGGCUGGGCCUGCUUCUUUGUCUGUAUUUUGGUCAUUGGGCUCCUCACAGCUCUGAUUGGAGACUUAGCUUCGCAUUUUGGCUGCACGGUGGGGUUGAAGGAUGCAGUAACUGCAGUAGUGUUUGUAGCUCUGGGCACCUCUAUACCAGACACCUUUGCCAGUAAGGUGGCAGCAAUUCAGGACCAGUAUGCAGAUGCCUCCAUUGGCAAUGUGACAGGCAGCAAUGCAGUCAAUGUGUUCCUGGGGAUCGGUGUGGCUUGGUCUGUGGCAGCCAUCUACUGGAACUCCCAAGGAAAGGACUUCAUAGUGUAUCCAGGAUCGCUGGCUUUCUCUGUCACCCUCUUCACCAUCUUCGCCUUUGUUAAUAUGGCAGUCCUGUUGUACCGGCGCCGGCCAUCAGUUGGUGGGGAGCUGGGGGGCUUGCGGACCCCCAAGAUCAUGACCAGCUUGUUCUUUUUUGGCCUCUGGUUUCUUUACAUCCUGUUUGCCAGUCUGGAGGCCUACUGCCACAUCAAAGGAUUCUAACUGAACCAUACAGCUGGGUCCAGCGGGCAGCAUCCUCUCAUGACUCUGCUUCUUUGUUUAUUCCAGAGUCCAGUCUGAAGAGCAGCCUUAGCGACCUCUUGCUUACAUCACCAGAAGGAGCCUUCAAAAUAUUAUUGUGGUUGCAUUCUGGCUCUUACAGACCAUCUGGUCAGGGCAAAUGUGUAUAGCUUCUUGGCACAUUCCUGUCUGGUUCCCUCUGAUCUCUUCUCUGUAGACAGGUUGGACUCUGGUCUCAUUCUUCUCCUCCAUCCAAAUUCCACUGUCCUCCAGUCAUUUCUAAGCUGAAUGUACUUGCCUUUAUAGGAGGCUUUCAUCUGAAUGUGACAUCAUUUGGUUACAUUGUGUCUGACAUCCUGUAAUGCAAGCACACAAUAAUCAGGCACACAAAGUCUUAAAUGAAUACUCCACCUAAAAGUAUAUUUUUGCAAUUGUUACUUACCCCAUGUAGUUUGUGGUGAUGGCCAGGAUAAAUUUAUAAUUUCAUGUUUUAGUGGAGAACGAACAUAACAAUUUUUCUGAUAGAAUGGGAUCCUAUGGUGUCCAAUGCUGGACAACAGCAAACAAGCAUACACACGGCCCCCUGAUGCUCACACACAGUAUAUUCCAUACAAACACAAUAAAACUUAAUACUUGAUCUCUUUUCACAUGCACACAUACUCAUUCACAUAUAGUCUUGCAAAUAUGCCCUCUGUGUUAUUUCCUGAUCUAUUGCAUGAGUAUAUGCAACUUUGUUGACCAGUGUAUAUUUAUACUUCCACACCUACUGAAACAUAUAUUUCUCACUUCACAAACAUCACAACAACUCUCAUACACAUACAAUUCACACUCUUGACAAGCCUGAAUACAGAUUCACCAUUUCUGCUGAAUGAGAUUACUACCAGUAGUAUAUGGUGGAGGUUAUAUGAACAAGAGACCAAAGCUCAGGCCCCAAGAACCCAGGACUGGAAAGAUGCCCAGACUGCCUGUUGGAGUGAGCAGGACUGCAGUGCUCCUUCCACGAGUUUUACUGUCUUUACCUUGAUGAAUUAAACUUUGAGUAUACUUCUUGUAUUCAGCCUGAGUGCUGAAUUUGCACUCCAUGAGUAUAAUGCUGCCAGUGCCUUGGCUGUGGCUCCAACUGCACCUUCAGCUCUGGUUCCAGCUCAACUCCAACUGCAGAUUCAUGUCUUGAUUCUUCUCCAGCUGCUGCUUGUCCUCCCUGGAACCAAUUUGUUCUUGCAAUUGUUAUCAUCUUGUUUCUAUUGUGAUGUCUGCAUGUUUUUUUCUGGGAUCUUGCCGGGUAUCAGCAUGAGCUGGGUGUCUUACUUUUUCUAAAUCUUUUAAGUCUGGCACAAAUUUACAGUGAAUGUUCACCUUUUACUGUACAUUCCCUGCAGUUCUUGAUAUCACUGUAGUCCAUUGUCCUUCAGUGCUUUUUUUAGGCCCUAACUACCAUCCCAGUUCCUAGUGUAGCACAUUGCAGUGAAGUGAUGGUACCAAUCCAUUCCUACAUAAAAUACCAAUUCUAGCUGCUCAGACUACAGUGGCUCUUCAUUGGCUCAGCCAGUUAGAAUACUUGCAUGUUUGAAAGAUGGAGGAACUUUCACCAACAGAGCUCUGGGUCAAUCCAAGAUAGGGGACAAGCCUAAUCACAAUAUUCUAACAUUACCUGGAACAUUACUUUGUAAGAAUGCACCAAUACCCGCAGUACUGAACCAGGGGUGUUUUUGGAUUUGCCGAUAUCAGGGUCUUAGCCACCCUCGAAGUUUCCUAAUCAUCUUAUCAAUGUAUAAAACUGAAGAAUGAGGAGGGUGGGCACCCUACUGUACUGUAUGUGCUAAAUGUAAUCAUUACGCGGUUCACCAUUUUUGUUUUCCACUUCUUUCUUUAAUUUUCUUGCUCUAAGUCCACUCCUGAAUACUAACCCUACACUCCAGUUCCCCUGUCCUCCUCACUUUUCUCCACUGUGUAUGUAUCACUUAGCACAACCUACAGUACCUGCAUAAUUUAUUGUAUUCAAAUUUUGAAUAUUUAGAUUAAUACCAUAAAGAUGCCUCAACACUUAAAGUAUAACAGUAAACUUUACAAUAUUUAAGAACAAACAUAACACAACACAACACUCUUAAAGGUGCCAAAUGCAAUUUAGGCUCCAAGGGAGACUGAAGCCUAUUCUGGCAGGAUCAGGCACAAGGCAGAAAGCAGUCACGGACAGGAUGCUCGCCCAUGCAGGUCCCACCUACACAUAUAUACCCACACCUCCACUGAGGCAGGGCCAUUAUAGAAUUGCCAAUUAACUCAACCUGCACAUUUUUGGAGAUGUAGGAGAAAAACCUGAGUACACAGAGGAAAUCUGUGCAAAUGCUUAAAUAUUCACUUAAGAUAUUAAAUUCUCUCAUAUGCUGUGUUCUAAUCAUGUCCCCUAAUGUUUUUAUUUCUUAUGCUUUACCUUGGUUUCUGUUAUUAUGAUUUAAACCCUGAUGCUGUCUAUCACUGUACACACAGCAUUCCAGUACUCCGCAUAUAAUAAUACAUUUUUAGUACUUCUCACUCUGAGUCUGCUAGAAAACUGCACACUUUAUAAUUUUAAUUUUCACUGUAUUUCUAUCUCUGCCAUAAUAAUAUUCCAGUAAAUGUAAGUGCUUUCUUACAGUAUUACAUUUUCUAGUUCCUUCCUCAAUGUCUAAUAUACCGUUCAUUUUCAGUAUCAUCUCUUCCUCCCGCUACCUGUUGCAGUACUCCUUGAAAAAGAACAAGUGUUUUGACUUUCUUGUUCUUUUCUUUUGUCCACCAUUCACUAGUCACAGAAGUCAGUCUCUUUAAUAUAUGUUACUAAGCAAAACAAUGCACUCCUUUACUACCAGCCUCUUGCUGCACUACAUCUUUUGCUUUCCAGGACAUUUCUGCACACUUGAGUAUUAUUGUUACAUUAUCGAUUGUUCCACAUACAAUAGGGGAUACCCUUCUUCAUGCCCUGCCAUAUGAUCUGCACCAUUCAGUACUUUGAACUUCUACUAUUACUCUUUUACGUACUCUUCUUCCUAGAACAGCUGCUAUAUUACUUAUUGUCAUUUUCGCAGUAAUUGGCCUUUUAGUCCUCCACUCUCUGUUACUAUAAAUGUAGGCCCAACACUGCAAGGUACUUCUCACUAGUCCAAUCCCCAGUUCAUCUCAGCAAUUUGUUUUAUAUGGUCUCCUCUAAUCCCCAGUAAAAAUGUUUAUAUUACACCACUAUAUUAACAUGUAAUCAGUUCUGCUACAUUGCAUUAUCUCUACACUUUUAAAAUUUCUAAUCCACUUUGCUUUGCUAUAUUUCGAUACUAUAACUUACAAUACUAUGUUCUUCUAUACACAACUACCAGUAAUUCACUUACCAGUACAUCUGUCCUCAUUAUUAUCAAGCUACACUGAGAUGAAGAGCCAUAGUACAGAAGCUUCCUGGGCAAAGGAAACAUUCCUUUAACUUGGCAGGCUGUGUUACGGCUGGGCUGAUGGUUGAGAUUUUGGAGGUUUGAGUCCAGGAAGUGACUGACCAUCAACCAUAAAAAAAGCUAUGAUACAUUAUCUUCCAGUCCAAUUUCCAGCAAUUCACUAGUGUUCUGUAAUUUAGCUUAAAAUACUUGACCUUCCUUUCCUAUCCCUACACUGUCCUGUAUAUCACCAUGCUCCUCAGUAUGCCACCUCCCAGUGGUCUGUUCCCCACAACACUAGUAAACAUAUAGUCCUCAGGAUCUCAGCCUCCAGCAAUUCACUGCCGUUUCCAGUGCUUCACUUUCCAGCACUUACGUCUCUAUUGCUAUUUAUAAACUCACUGGUUAAUUACAGUUCAACAACUCACAGUAUUACUGGUACACAACCAGUUGUAGUUUGUCUCAUUUUUUUAUGUAUUACUUAUAAACAUUAUGGUGAAUUUGUCAGAGAGGCCAUGAGUGAAUGUCAUGUGUUCGCGGUGGCCGUGAGAAGCAGUCUCUCAGAAGUCCAUGGUUGACAUUAGGCUCAAUCCCAUGCUCGUUUCUGUUUUCUGUUCGUUCAUUCCUUUUGUAUAUCUGUGUGAACGUCUUUUGCCUGUUUACCUUAAAGGAAGGAGAUGUCAGCAUGAGUUUAGAAGCACUGAUAUUUGUGUAGAGGAUGACUUUAAUAAAUACAGUUGAUAUA